AUGCAUCUCGUAGUCACUGAUCGUGCUCCUCCUUCAGUCUACUAUAUUCCUAACUUCAUUACGCUCGAAGAAGAGGAAGUGCUGAUUUCCUGUAUUGCUAAUGCGCCGCAACCGAAAUGGACAGUGUUACUCAAUCGCCGUCUGCAAAUGUAUGGUGGUGUUGUUGGGAAAAAGGCCCUCAUUCCAGCUGACGAUAUUCCAUUGGUAAGUGAAGUUUUUUAUUGCGAACAAAAACAAAAACCUCUAUUAAUUCAACUUUAG